UUAAUAAAUACAAAAAAAAAAUUAAAUAAUUUUAAGUGUUUCACGAUAUGCGAAAAUUAUCGUUUAUAUUAAUUGCCACAAUAAUGUCUACAUUCUUGUAUAGUUUAUUAGGUAUAACUGUGGGCAUGAGCCUUCAUUGUGCUGUACGAAAAGAAAUCGAUCCGUGUACAUGUCGUAAAGAAUAUGGAUCGCAAAAUAUUUAUGUUAAAUGUGAGCGUAUGAUAUCAUUUGAUCAGGUGAUAAAUGCAUUACAAAAUCAUUUUACACCGGAUGAUCAUAUUACAUUAGAAAUAACGUUUUCCAAUUUAACUGAUAUGGGUGCGCAUAAAUUCGAAGAGUUAAAAGUGUUACAUAUACAAAAUUUACGGUUGUUACAUGAUAAUUUACGGAAUGUUACUGACGAUACAUUCUUGGGAUUGAAUAAAAUUGACUUUUUAAGUUUAGCUGACAAUGAUUUUACAGCUAUUCCAAAAGAUAUAUUUUCACGUAUGCCUACAUUAAAGUCAUUAGAUUUUGGAAGAGGACAUAUUACGCAGAUAUUAGAAGAUGAUUUUGUGCAUACUAUAAAUCUACAUCAUUUACUGUUACCAGGAAAUAUGAUAAAUAUGAUUGAGAAAAAUUCAAUGCCACGAACAUUACGGCAUUUACAUUUGGGUCGUAAUCAAAUACCAGACUUAAAUGGUACAUUAAGAAAUAUGCACGAAUUAGAAUGGUUGUUUAUCAAUGCAAAUCAAUUAACAACAUUAGAUGGUCAAUUACCCGAUGAUGUUAAUAAUUUAGUAUUAAUACAUGCAUCUGAUAAUUAUUUACAACAUUUACCGCAGGAAUUUAAAAAUUUACAUCGUAUUAAGACUUUGUUUUUUGAACAUAAUAAAUUACUUGGAUUAGAUGGUGCAUUAGCUAAAUCGAAAAAAUUACAAUUGUUGGUUGUGUCACAUAAUAACAUACAAACGAUAACACCUGACGACUUUGCCGAAGCUGAAUCAUUAGAAGAUUUACAAAUGGGCUACAACAACAUAACAGCAAUAAAUGGUUCAUUAUCACCGUUACGAUCAUUACGAUGUGUAAAUCUAACACACAAUUUAUUAUCGGAAUUUUCAUUACAAGAAAUCCGUGGUUUACGUCGUUUACGUCUUGUGGAUUUAUCACAUAAUAAAAUAUCAAAUAUAACUGGGCGUAUGGAGAAUGUUGUAGAGUUGGAAACUCGUGUUAUGGAUUUGAAAUUAGAUUAUAAUGAACUUCAUUCAUUAGAUGGAGCACUUUCAGGUUUACAUGGAUUAAAAUAUUUAAAUUUAAGUCAUAAUCAUUUGACUAAAAUUAGUCCAGACGAUUUAAUUGGUUUGGAAGAUUUGAUAUGGGUUGAUUUUUCACAUAACAAGCUAACAACAUUAGAUGAAACAUCGAAAACAUUUUUACCAUCGUUAGAACGUUUGUUUGUUAAUCAUAACAUGCUCACAGAACUUCAACAUGACUUCUUUGGUCUCCCUAUACUAUGUUUUGCCGAUUUAUCUUACAAUAAUAUCCGAACAAUAUCCCGUGAAUUGGUGGCACAUACUCGAUGUAAUAUUCAUGGCAGUCCUGGUAUACUUGGAUUAAAUUUGGAAGAUAAUCCAGUUUUGUGCGACAGUGCCUUGCCCGAACUAAUAUCAGAUCUAGAAGUAAACAACACAAGAAUAUAUGGAACAACACAAUGCAUCCCCUCGCCAUUGCCUGUAUCGUUAGCAUUUGCUACGAGCAACAAUAAUUCCAAUAUUAUUGAAAUAACACCAUUGAAUGCAACAAAUAUGCAAUAUUUAGUUGAAAAUACAGACGCAUCCUCAGAUCAAUCAGAGAAUAUUGUACCCGAAAUACAUUUAGAACCACCAAAAACCAUUAUACAUCAUAGUCUAACAGAUACAGAGAAUCCAAAGCAUGUUAGAACAGUGGAUUAAAUUUAUAUUUUAGACCUCACUUUCUAUUAUUUAUUAUACGUGUGAUACAAUUAUUGGUUUUUUAACUCGAAAAUUAAUAAUGUGGUUUUUUUGCAUUUUUAUUAAAUGCAUCAGUUUUUUUUUAAUGAAACAAUAGGAAUAUUUAACAAACAAAAAUUGAAUAAAUAUAACGUCCGUUUCGUUAUCAACGCAAAUGUAUUAUUAAAACAACAUAAAAGAAAUUUUCCAAUAUAGAGUAGUUUAUUAAUUUCAAAUAUCUAGAUUAGGUAUAUUAACAGAGACACAAAGUUUUAAAGAUUAGAAAUAAACAAAGUUAGAUUACUUUUUGAAAUCAUAAAGUAUUAUUUCUAAAGCGUUUCAUAAUAUUAUUCAUUUUUGCGUUUUUGCAAUGAUCUCAUCAAUUAUGUAUUAAUAUUGCCUAUAUCUUUAAAUAAAUGUAAUUAUAAAUACAGGUAACAUUAUUACAUUAAUGAUUAAAAAAUUGUAUGAAAACUCAAAUUAAUAAUAUAAUGAAACGAUAUAUAAGUAAUAAAUAUUUCCCUUGGACCAAUAAGUACAUGGACUGAGCGCCAAACGAUUUGAAGUGGGCCAAUAUCUGGCGCAAUUGCUUGGGUCAAAUAUAUCAUGGCGGCGGUGUGGAAAUAUCAAAACAAAGUGUUGUUGUCAUACUUGUCAUUAUAAAUUCGUAAGAAACAAUGUAAAGUGAUAUGUGAUGAGUACUUUUUUAAGUCAAAAGAUGUAACUUCAUGAUGACGCUUGACGCUGGCUUUGAGCUUAAAAUUAAGAAUCCACCUAACUGAAAAAAUAGAAUUAUAUCCAGCGUCAAAUUGUAAAAGGAAGCGACAAAAAACAAAAAGUUUAUUAAUCCAUAACCUCAUUUUUAAUAAGACACAGGGUAAUGAUAAACAACUAUUAUCCAUAAUAGGUGGUGAAUUAGAUUUUCAAUUGUUAAAAAAAAUUCUUUGAAAAUGGCAAUCAAUUAAAAAUAAAAUUUUUUAACUAAACCUUUAUUCUCGUUUUAUUAAAACAUUAAAAAUAUAUAUUAUAAAUUUACUUAUCCAAUACUCUCAAAAUGAAUCCUGAUAAUAAAAAUAGGAUAUACUUUUAUACGAUAAAAAGUCAGUUUAGGCCGUUUUAGUACGCUUCUGAAGAUUUUUUUCAUCCAGAUGGAAGCACGGCCUAAACUGACCACAUGACCUAAUUUAACGCUCAAACUCAGCGUCAAGCGUCACCAUGAAAAUACAUCUUAAAAGCGAAAAAGAUCAGUGAAAUCACGAUGUUUUAUGUAAAACAUUUUGUGAUAUGAAAAUUUGACAUUCAAUAUAUGCUUUUUUGAUAAAUGUCCCUAUAUUCUUUUAAUAAAUUAAUUUUUUUGAAAAAUGUCCCUCAAUGACCCAAGCAAUUACCUCAUGUGUUAGCACACCUUUCACUCUACGGAAAGUUAGGCGAUGCUCAGUCUAUGUACUUAAUGGUUUAGGAUAUUUCCACUAGUAGAAAUAGUUAACUACUCUAUUGUUGCAUAAAAAUUUGUACUGUAACGAGUUAUUUAGAAAAAAAAAAAAAAACAGUAUCAGUACAUCAGUACAAAGAAGUUCAACAUGUUUUUUAAAAAUUUUUAUAAUUGAUACAAAAAUUACAUACUUUUAAGAAAACAUCAAUCAUCCAAUGUAUAUGUAAAUAUUAAUGUGUCGUAAAAGGGCUUACAUUGUGGAUCUCGCCUGUUUAUGACACAUUUCAAGGUCAAAUUACUAGUCUUUAGUUAAAUUUAAAUAAUAAACAUAUUUUAUGUAUGAGGCUACAAGAGAUUAUCUGUAUUAAAAAAGAACACAAUUUUGAUUAUGAUUGCAUAAUUUUCGUUAAGGAUAUUAUUAUAAAGCAGACACAAAAUAUUGGGAAUAUCAAAGACUUUAUUUACUGGACUACUAGAGUGUGCUAUCUCUAUAGGCAUUUUCAUCAUGUCAUAAGCGCAAGUGCAGAGAUUAUUUUUUCGGACUUGCAGCAAUAAAAUAGACUAAGAUAGAAGAUAUUUGCUAUUCAUUUUAUCAUAUUGGUUAUGAAUCAUUUGAUGAAUCAUUGGUUAUGAAUCGUUUGCUUGCAAUUUUUGUCUUUGAACCUCUAUCUCAAUCAGAGAACGGAAAACAGAUUUUACCACCCACCGCAAACUUAGUUGACCCUUUUCUGUGUGACGAUCAUUUUUUUACUCUAGACACAAAAACUUUCGAAAUUACUAUGAACGUAGAAUACGAUAAUUAUGAAGACAAAAAAGAAAAAAAAGUAAAUAAAGAAAACUCUAUAGUAUUUUCAUUUAAGCUUACUUGCCUGUACUAUAAUAAUACUCUAUAUGAAAAUUUUAAGAAAGGUUCAUAAUAAGAAUUAAAUUUUUAUCAUUUGGAUUUAUUUUUUUUGAAAUAUUGUCGCUUAUGUUACUUUUAUCAUUUUACUAUAGAAGUCAAUAGAAAAUAUUAUUCACAGAUUUUUUUCAUUUUUAAUUUGUCAUUAUUAAUCAUCCAUCUUUAUUUAAAUCGUAUCUAAGAACUGU